AUGAAUAAACAUCAUGAAGAACUUAUAAAACAUUUUGAACAAUUAAUUGGUGUUCAAAAAGAAUUAAAAGAAUCGUUUAAUAUUAUUGAAUCAACUUGGCAAACAGAACAAGAACAUCCAUGUUUAACUACAAUAGAUCAAUGGGAACAAGAAAUUAUAACACGUAUUCAACAAAUUGCUGAAAAUGCUCGACAAACUACGCAUGAAAUGAUGACAAAGAAUAUGGUUGAUAUUCGUUCUCGAUUAGAUCAACUUGCUAUUGAUAUGGAACAACGUCAACAGGAAAAAAAUUAUUUAGAUAAUGAUGUUGUUCGAGUCAAACAUCAAUUAGAACAAUUAGAUCAUACUAUUAAACAUAUUAAUGAAAAAAUUCGAAUAAAUUAUUCAGCAACUAAUAAAGUAGAUUGGAAUUCAUUAAUCUAUGUUACAGCCGAUAAAAAAUUCAUGGGAAAUCGUUUUAAUUUAUCAGAAUUAAAUAAUGAACAAGAAAGUUCUCAAGAGAAAAUUUGGAAUAAUUUACGAAAACUUAUUAAAACUAAAUAUAUAAAUAUUAAUGAUCGAGAUAAACAAAUAAAUUUAAAACAUGAUACAUCUGUAAUGUUUGAACCAAUUACUCUUACUUCAUAUGGUUCAUCAUUAUUAAAAGAAAAUUCGAAUUUAAAAUCCGAAACAACGAUUUCGAAUAAUACACAAGCAAAUCCUUUUUUAAAUAAUGAUCCAUUUAAUUAUUCAACUUUUACAAUACUCGAUUCGGAUCCAUUUCUUCCUCAUACAUCAGAUGCAUAG